UUCUUAGUGGUUUGUCUGGCUUUUAGUGGCCAUCGUGCAGUGGUAUCAAUUAGACCAUUCGAGUCUUCGCGCCGAAAACUUUUCACCGAACGAGAAAUUGAAAUCAUUUCUACUUGAACCAUAAACCCACCGACAUAAACUCGGAUGCAAACUUCACUUUCUGGAGAGAAAAUCAAUCUACCGGUGCAUCGUGGCAAAACAUCCGGCCGGGCUGUGGCAACCGACCGACCCAGUAAUUGAAGACAAUUAGUUCAGUCAACGGGCUCGCAAGCGCCUUCGUUAGCCGCUGUGUCCGUUUCGGAAGGAGUUUGUUAAAAGGAGCAAAAGUUUCGCCGGGGCUAAAGUGCAGUGCAAUUUAUCAGUGCACCCUAUCGUCCCAUAUUCCGAGCGGUGAUACAGUGUUUGUGUGUGUGAGUGAGUGUUUACUUUACCGGGUGAAGGGAUAAACGGGAUCUGAGUCCGCUACGCGAUCUUAAGGUGAACCAUAGACGAUGGGUUGUGCAAGCAGUUCCCCGUUAAUCAACGGCGGUGGUCCCGGCGGUGUCAUCGAGACGGCGAAAGAAGCGGCCACCAAAACCGCCAACGAUGUGCUUCAUGCCGGCGAAGCGGCAAUCAAUGACGUCGGUGAACACAUGAAGGAAGCGGUCCAAAACGUUACGCACGAAAUCGAGAACGUGCUGGGCGGCAAAAAGACGGACAAGUCCGAUCACGUCAACGAGGACGACCCACAGCCGACAGCGAACGGGCACGGCGACGACACCGACAAUCCCGACUAUCAGAUCAUCCGGCUGAAGGGUUCGAAGCAGAACAGUGUCGAGGAGACGGAAGCGAUGGAAAACAUGAAGAAUGACCUGCUGACGAAGGCGCAAAGCUUUGGCGACGAUACCGACCGGAUGGCGGACGAUCUGAUGAAGGAAACGGAGGACCUGAUGCGGGAUGCCGAAACCGGGAUAGCUCAUCACGAGAUGACAACGCGCAUCACCUCGUCCGAGGACGGUACGAUCGAGAUCCUUAACCUGGAAGGUAAUGCACCGAAGUCUCCGAACCAUUCGAUUGACAGUUUGAAAACUACUUCACCAGAGCCCGAGAUCGAACGGAUACUGGCCGGGACGGACGAUGGAACGAACGCGCCCGACUCCCCGAAGGCAACGCUCAACACACUGUCUGUGCCCGCCGCCACCAAGGACGAUGCGAUGCCGAUGGACCCGAUGCCAGCGACGGCCGAUAAAGCUGCGGACGUGUGAGUACGGUAGUGCCACACACAAAAACACCACCACCACCACAGAGUCACCUAUUUAUCCUUAUCUCCCUCACACCCAUACAUCAUGAAACACCACUUUCUGGGUCUAAAUUUGUACCUCCACCCAUCACAAUCUUUUCCACAAUACAUCCAUUUCAAGGAGAAACUUAUUAAACUUUAUGUACAUUUGAAGGAGAAUAAUUGGAACCGUUUUUGCGAAGUUUGUAAUUUCAGUUAGAUGUACACACGACGAUGUAUCUCGAAAAAAAAACCUUUUUUCAUCCAUCCAUUGUCGGUGUAUAAUUAUUGUAACUUUACCUUUUUACAAUAGCCAUUCUCCGCUCAAACCCCAUCUUCACACAAAACCAUUUCAACUGACAUUUAUUGUAAAUAACGUUUUUGUUGUUUUCUCGGUGUAAGUAAUUGUAAAAAGAAAUGUUUGAAAAUAAAUGUACCAUUAUAUUA